AUGAAAGCGACGAGGGAAAAGGACCGGCAGAUCUUGCCAGCUACCAACAAGAAGUUCCAGCAAAUGCUCGCGGAUCUAGUAUCGUAUUGUCUCUCUGACUUGGGCUCGAAAAUGAACCGCACGAAGUACGAGACUUUGGUCACGAUCCAUGUGCAUCAAAGAGACCUUUUCCAGGAGGUCAUGAAGAAGACUAGGGAACAUAAGGUGAAGGAUGAGAAUGACUUCGAGUGGAUGAAACAGACCCGAUUCUAUUGGAGGACCGAGACGGACCACGCCAUUGUGUCCAUAGCGGACUGCGAUUUUACCUACUCCUACGAGUAUCUUGGGGUGAAGGAACGUCUGGUCAUCACUCCUCUAACUGACAGGUGUUAUCUGACUCUCUCCCAGGCGCUUGGCAUGUUCUAUGGGGGAGCCCCAGCGGGCCCUGCUGGGACUGGUAAAACGGAGACCACGAAGGAUAUGGGCCGAUCAUUGGGUAUAUUCGUUAUCGUUACCAACUGCUCGGACCAACAUCGAUAUAAAGAUAUGGCCAAGAUCUUCAAGGGGCUCUGUCAGAGUGGUCUUUGGGGAUGCUUUGAUGAGUUCAAUCGUAUCGAGCUGGAAGUGCUCUCGGUCGUGGCCAUGCAAGUCGAAUCGAUCACGCUUGCUAAGAAACAGAACGCCAAGACCUUCUCGUUCCCUGGCGAGGCCAUCCCUAUCCGUCUGGUGCCGAGUGUCGGAUACUUCAUCACGAUGAACCCAGGAUACGCAGGUCGUCAGGAGCUCCCAGAGAAUCUUAAGGUCCUGUUCAGAUCUGUGAGUAUGAUGGUUCCUGAUCGUGAGAUCAUCAUGAGGGUGAAGCUGGCCUCU